AAGGAAAGAAGAUGGGUGAGAGGUUUUGGAAGUUAUGCACACUUGUUUCUGCGACCUCUUGCCUUGGAAACUUUGAAUUGAAAAGCAGAUAAAGAUGAACAGGGUUCCUCCCAAAAUUCUAGUUUCAACUUUGUACCUCCUCUUAUUGUCCUUUCCCGUCCAAACUCUACCGCAUGUUGCUGACACGGGUACACUCAAUUUCAACAGUGGCUACAACAGCCAAGGUGGUGAAGGUGAGAUUUUCGGCAAAAGCUGCAACAAUGAAUUCCAAUCAAUACCUCUCUCUUCCCCAUGUCAAAAAUCAAAAACCACAAAAGCAUCUCCAGUUUUUCCUCUCCAAACAGACGGUUUGGUUUUUGCAGAUCAGAGACUUGAAGUUGUAUACCCAGUGAUCCAAAAAUUCAAGUCCAGCAUCACCUCUGAUCCCCUAGGAGUCACCAAAUCAUGGGUAGGCUCUGAUGUUUGCAGCUACAAAGGUUUCUACUGUGAUAAUCCCCCAGACAACGCCUCAGCCAUUGCCGUGGCCUCCAUUGAUUUCAAUGGGUUUCAACUUGGAGCUCCUACACUUGAUGGCUUCAUUGAUCAGCUUCCUGAUGUUGCACUCUUCCAUGCAAAUUCCAACAAUUUUAGAGGCACCAUCUCUACUAAAAUCUCCAAGCUCCCUUAUCUUUAUGAGCUUGAUGUAAGCAACAAUCAGCUGUCUGGUCCAUUUCCCAUGGCUGUCUUGGGCAUGAACACCCUAACAUUCUUGGACAUUCGUUUUAACUUGUUCUCUGGGCAAGUCCCUCCCCAGAUAUUCACCCAGAAUCUCGAUGUCCUCUUCAUCAACAACAACGACUUUACUCAGAGAUUGCCUGAUAACUUAGGCAGCACUCAUAUUCUUUAUCUCACCUUAGCCAACAACAAAUUCAUGGGUCCUAUACCUAGAAGCCUCCCCAAAGCUUUGUCCACUCUCACCGAGGUAUUAUUCUUGAACAACCAGUUAACAGGCUGUAUCCCAUAUGAGAUUGGGCUUCUUGAAGAGGCUAGAGUGUUUGAUGCUGGGAACAACCAGUUAACAGGUCCACUGCCCAUGUCCUUGGGUUGCCUUGAGCAGUUGGAAAUCCUCAAUUUGGCUAAUAAUCUCCUCUAUGGUAUGGUACCAGAAGUGGUGUGUGGACUAGAGAAUUUGAUCAACUUAUCACUUUCAGAUAAUUAUUUCAUGCAUGUAGGACCUUUGUGUAGAACCUUAAUUCAGCGAGGGGUUCUUGAUAUUAGGAACAACUGCAUUCCUGAUCUUCCAUUGCAGAGAUCAGUGUUUGAGUGUGCAGAUUUCUUUGCGCGUCCCAGAAUGUGUUCCCACAUGUGGUUUCAUAGUUUCAUUCCUUGUAAGUUUUCUUUUCACCACAAGUCCUCGGUCUCUGCCAUUCCUAAGAUGGCUCCUUCUCCUUGACUUUUUCUUCUCUUGCUUCAACGUUAAGACAUGGACUGCAACAUUUUGUCAUC